ACUGCCCACACAAAAAAAUAUAAACUCCAGGCCUCUGCAGUGGUGGCAGUUGCACAGAGCUGACUGUGCUGUAGAUGGCAGCUGUGUCCCUGAGUGAUCUCCCUUGUCACCCAGCCAGUGAGUGCGUUGAGUGAUGCUCCGGGCCAGGGCCCUCCAGCUCUUCUUCUUCACCUGUUUCCAUCAUCAAGUUCUCUCAGCGGGGGUCAUAUGUCUAUGGGAGACGUUUUUCCACUUGGGCCGUAAUGUGUCUGGGGCAUGUCGGAUACAGCAGCCCGCCCCACCAGGCUGUCGCGGUGGAUCUCUACGUCUGGCCGCAGACGGGCAGCUCCUUCCGCCCGAUCACCACUCCAUCGACGCUGCUAAUUUCACAGUCCCUGCACCGGCUGCGACGAGUAUUCACCUGCACUGCAAACUCGCCUGCCCUGCCUCCAACUCAGGCAAGACCUGUGAUGUCACAGUGCAUGGAGGCUAUCCCCCCUCCCGCCCGUCCCGGCCGCAGUGCCACAUCCCCCACGACGGCGCUGACCUCCAGUGCGUCUGGGACCCGGGGCGCGACACGCUGCUCUCCACAUCCUACACUCUGCACUGGGACACCGGCGCGCUGGGAUCAAACUUUGCUGGCACCGUUACAGUGAGUGAAAGGAGCGGCGUCAUAUCACGUAAAAGGUUCAGCGCCUACAGCUACAUGUCUGUGUGGGUCAGUGCCAGCAACCCCUUGGGUUCAGAGCAGUCUGAAAACGCCACCUUCAACUCCGGCGAUGUCGUGAAGUCCCCAACCCCAGUGAUCUCCAGCCACUUCUCUGAGCCCGACUGUCUUGAAAUCCAGUGGGAUGAACCAGAGUGUUUCUUGUCAGGCCUGAGGAAGAAGGGAGACGAUUUGAGCUGUGAGGCCCAAUAUCGCAGAGCGGAUGAGGACAUGUGGACAGAGGGAGAGGAUGUGGGCCAAAACAGCUUCCUGCUACAGGAGCCACAGCCCUUCUCUGAUUACAUGUUCCGGGUCCGCUGCACCUGCCUUGGCAGCCCUAAACUAACUAGUGACUGGAGCAAAACCUACGCUGCAUGGACUAUGGAGGCAGCCCCUGUGGGACUGCUGGAUAUGUGGAGUGACUCCAGAGCUACAGAGCAGGCCCUAGUUUGGAAGGAGUUGCCUCUCACAACAGCUCGGGGUAUAGUGCUGGGAUAUGUCGUGACUGUAGAUAGCGUUGCGGGGAACAGGACAGUGAUGAAUAUUUCGGCAAAGGACCUGGGGGUGAGGAAGCGGGGCGGGGGUGAGGUUGGGCAGUGCUGCCGUCUCCCGCUCUCCCUCUGGAGCGUAACGGGGGUCAACGUGUCUGCGUACAACUCAGUGGGCGCAUCGCGCCCUGCAGCCCUGGUUCUUCCCACCACAGUGUUGUUAUCUGUCACUGUGGUAAAGAAAGGGAACGGACUUAACGUUUCCUGGCAUCUGCCUUCCCCGCUCACCAAGAACGUACAGGAGUAUGUGGUACAGCGUGAGGAGGCGGGACUCCCUCGCACUCAGGGGUUUGAUUGGACAAGGACGGACAAGAGUCAGAGAAGCGCCAUUCUGACAGGUGACUUUAGGAACUACACGCCUUAUAAUGUGACACUGUUCAGUGUUGUUGCCAGCCAGUGCUACCUGCUUGGCUCUGCCAUUGCUUACACAGUGCAAGGAGCCCCCCCUCAAGUGCCGGGGUUUCAGGUCUCAAAGAUCUCCUCCUCUGAUGUCACUCUGACAUGGGAGCACAUCCCUUUGACCCAGAGGAGGGGCAUAAUUCGACAAUACAGACUGGGGCAGGGCAACAACACAGAGCACAUCGUGAAGGGGGACAACACCAGCCUGCGUCUGUCGGGUCUGCGGCCCGGUUGGAGGUACAAGUUCUGGAUCAGCGCCGAGAGCGAGGCAGGAGAGGGGCCGAGGCACGCUGUCACGUUCUCCACCCAAAACACCACCGGUUUCUACACCAGCACAUUGUGGGUCCUGGGGUUAGUGCUCUGUUUGGGACUGUUAAUGCUGCCCUGGGUACUGAGGAGGGUGCACUGCUUUCUGGUUCCAGCGUGGUGCUUCGAGAGAAUACCUGACCCGACCAACAGCAAACUGUUCCACCAAACACAGAACCCUGUGUGGUUUGGGUCCGGUCGUGACGUGGACCCCGACCCGAAGCUCACUCUGCUGGAGGUGGUUGAAGCCCUGCCCGUCUUCUUGGAGGAAACACCCUCACUGGACAGACAGACAGAAGGAGCAGUCACACAGCGUGCAGAGGAACAGCUUCAGGCUGACAGGAAGAGGCUGCGGAAGGGUGAGGAGAAGGAAGAGACUGGUGUGGAGGGCUUGUUGUUGGUAAGUAGGGAGGCGGGCUACAGUGAAGUCAUCUCUGGAGCGGAGAGAGACAGUGGAGAAUCCGAGCUGAGCUGGAGCGCCACGGAAACGCAGCUGUUCUCAGGCUACGAGAAGCACUUCAUGCCCUCCCCCCUGGAGGUGUGACCUCACACUUUGACCUGCCUCCCUGAUUUGGGUGGAAGCCAGACUUUGGAUGGAGGAGGGGACUGGGAGGGUGAGAGUGUUGAUGUGGUAUGGAAGACGAACACACACAGAGGUACAGGGAUGCAUUGUCGUCACGGCGUUCAAAGGUCAGAGUUCACCCUUUAUAGCAAGUGAUCAUCGGUGGUGGACCACUGACCCUCUCAGUCACAGGAUGAAGGAAGUCACACCCCUCCUCACCUCACUUCACUGACUUCCUGUUACUGCUUGUAUUAAGUUCAAAACCUUGGUGCUGGCAUAUAGGACAGUGAAUGGGACAGCCCCACAAUACCUCAGAGCAGUGUCCAAACCCUAUACACUGGCCAGAUCACUCCGCUCUGAAGCCCUGGGGCAGCUGACUGUCCCCUCCCAGCGGGGUCGCUCUUCCCAGCCAUGAUGCCUGCCUAUACUGGUCCCACAGCGGUGGAUUGAACUUCCAUCUUCUGAUGACUCUUCAGACUGUAUCUUUUUCCCCUUCAA